UCCGCCUCUUAAACCCCCAGCCCACAGCACUCUCAUCCUAAUCCUUCUCCUUACACAGACUGAGUAUGGGGCUAGAUCUGGAUAUAGAAACACAGAGAUCGCUUUAUUCUUGAUCCUUUUUUUUCUGGAUGCUGGCUGUGUAACCACAAUUCAAGGAAAAAAAUUCUGCGAAGCACUGGUCUAUCUAAGAACUUAGGCUGCGAGUCUACAGCACCAUCUGAUUUCAAUAGCUGGACACAUGCACACUGGGGCAUCACACUUAGGAAUUGUUUUUCUCCAGUAGAACUUUGGGUGCUGCUUUUGAUUUACCCAGGGGUUGGCGGGCUGCUGGAUUUGCACAUUAACACAUUGAAGGAACCCAGAAUAUUUAGAUUCUUCUUUGGAAGUAGAUCCCUCUCUCCUGACCACCAAUGGUCCAUAUACCAAAACCACCUCCAAUUUAUGGAGGAAAGAGACGACUUGUAUUUUUGUUAGGCUCCUUGGCUAUAGUACUGGGAUUCACGACAGUACCAGGAGCCAAGGGUCAACAGGUCUUCAAUGCGGAGUCCAGAGUUGCAGCUCAGGAGCCAAGGGACGGAGCCAAUAUUGCUGCUACCAGUAGGAACCGUAGAUGGGGUUCUCAGUAUGCCCUUCAUGGGCCAAAUGUAUGUGGAUCGAGAUUCCAGUCCUUUUGUUGCCCUGGAUGGAAAACGCUACCUGGAGGAAACCAGUGCAUUGUCCCAAUUUGUAGAAAUAGUUGUGGCGAAGGAUUCUGUUCACGCCCGAACAUGUGCACGUGUUCCAGUGGACAAAUAUCCCCAACCUGUGGUGCUAAAAGCGGACAGCAGUGUAGCAUCCGUUGUAUGAAUGGAGGAACAUGUGUUGAGGAACAUUGUCAGUGCCAAAAAGGUUAUGUCGGAGCACACUGUGGACAACCUGUGUGUGAAAAUGGCUGCCAGAAUGGAGGGCGCUGCAUUGGACCCAAUCGAUGCAUGUGUGUGUACGGCUUUACCGGCCCGCAGUGCGAAAGAGAUUACAGGACAGGACCUUGUUUUACCCAAGUCAUCAAUCAAAUGUGUCAGGGACAGGUGACCGGAAUUGUUUGCACCAAAACACUCUGCUGUGCUACAAUUGGACGUGCCUGGGGACACCCGUGUGAAAUGUGCCCUGCCCAACCACAACCCUGCCGCCGGGGCUUUAUUCCCAACAUUCGUAGUGGAGCAUGUCAAGACGUUGAUGAAUGUCAAGCAAUACCGGGGCUGUGUCAAGGAGGAACCUGCAUAAACACUGAUGGAUCGUAUGAGUGUAGAUGUCCUGCUGGCCAUAAACAAAGCGAGACAACUCAGAAAUGUGAAGAUAUUGAUGAGUGCACCACCAUUCCUGGCAUUUGCGAUGGAGGAGAGUGCUCAAAUACCAUCGGCAGUUACUACUGCAUCUGUCCUCGCGGAUAUGUUACAUCUGUUGAUGGCUCACAUUGCAUUGAUCAGAGAGCGGGUGUAUGUUUCUCUAGCCUCGUAAAUGGACAUUGUGCCCAGGAGCUGGCUGGAAGAUUUACCAAAAUGCAGUGCUGCUGUGAAUCAGGUCGAUGCUGGGCCUUGGCUUCUAUACCUGAAAUGUGUCCCAUUAGAGGAUCUGAUGAAUAUCGUAGGCUUUGCAUUGACGGUGUUCCAUUUGGUGGCCCCAGACCAGGGGUUCCGGGGGGAUUUGGCCCCGGGGGGACUGGAUACAUACCUCUACCAGGUGGUAAUGGCUUUCACCCUGGUGUAAUUGGAACUGGAGUAGAUGGACAAGGCACAGUUAUUGAUGGAGGAGUGGCAACACUAAAUCAAACUAUUGAUAUUUGCAAACAAUAUCCCAAUCUUUGUUUAAAUGGACGCUGCAUCCCCAAUCUUGGCAGUUUUCGUUGUGAAUGCAAUAUGGGCUAUAAACAGGAUACCCCGACUGAAUGUAAUGAUGUUGAUGAGUGUACAUCAAACCCUUGUACUAAUGGUGAUUGUGUUAACACACCUGGAUCAUAUUAUUGUAAAUGCCAUUCAGGGUUUCAAAGAACUCCCACAAAACAAGCCUGCGUUGAUAUCGACGAAUGCAUUCAGAAUGGUAUUCUUUGUAAACAUGGCCGUUGUGUUAACACAGAGGGCAGUUUCCAGUGUAUUUGUAAUGCUGGGUUUGAACUUACGCCCGAUGGGAAAAACUGUGCAGAUCAUGAUGAAUGUGCCACAACAAAUAUGUGUUUAAACGGCAUGUGUAUUAACGAGGAUGGCAGCUUCAAAUGCAUCUGUAAACCUGGCUUUGUGCUUGCUGGAAAUGGGCGCUAUUGUACUGACGUAGACGAAUGUCAGACACCAGGCAUUUGCAUGAAUGGACAUUGUAUCAACACUGAAGGCUCUUUCCGGUGUGAUUGUCCACCAGGACUAGUUGUUGGAGUAGAUGGCCGUGUUUGUGUGGAUACACAUAUGCGCAGCACCUGCUACGGAGCGAUCAAGAAAGGGCUUUGUGUUCGUCCUUUUCCAGGAGCUGUGACCAAAUCUGAAUGUUGCUGUGCUAAUCCAGAUUAUGGGUUUGGAGAACCUUGCCAUCCAUGCCCUCCAAGAAAUUCUGAUGAAUUUCAAGGACUAUGCAGUGGCGGCAUUGGUCUAACUGUCGAUGGACGAGACAUCAAUGAAUGUGCACUGGACCCUGACAUCUGUUCUAAUGGGGUUUGUGAAAACCUACAUGGGGGGUUCCGCUGUAAUUGCAAUAGUGGCUACGAAUCCGAUUCUUCUGGAAGAGCUUGUAUUGACAUUGAUGAAUGCUUAGUGAACAGACUGCUUUGUGACAAUGGACUCUGCCGGAAUACACCAGGAAGUUACAAUUGUGUUUGCCCCAAAGGAUACUUGUUUAGAACGGAUUCUGAAACCUGCGAAGACAUAAAUGAAUGUGAAAGUAGUCCAUGUGUUAAUGGGGCUUGCAGAAAUAUCCUAGGUUCUUUCAAUUGUGAAUGUUCUCCUGGAAGCAAGUUGGAUUCUACUGGUCUGAUCUGCAUAGAUAGCCUUAAGGGAACAUGUUGGCUCAAUAUUCAAGAUGGCAGAUGUGAAGUUAACAUUAAUGGAGCAACACUGAAAUCUGAAUGUUGCGCUACCCUUGGAGCAGCAUGGGGAAGCCCUUGUGAACGAUGUGAAAUAGAUACUGCCUGCCCACGAGGAUUUGCCCGGGUCAAAGGUGUUUCAUGCGAAGAUGUCAAUGAGUGUGAAGUGUUUCCCGGUGUGUGUCCCAAUGGGCUCUGUGUUAACACCAAAGGAUCUUUCAUAUGUGAAUGCCCAGAUGGGCUGACCUUGGAUGGAACAGGACGACUCUGUAUAGACCUGCGCAUGGAGCAGUGCUUCCUGAAAUGGGAUGAGGAUGAAUGUGUUCACCCAGUUCCUGGCAGAUUUCGUCUUGAUGCUUGUUGUUGCGCUGUUGGAGCAGCUUGGGGUGCAGAAUGCGAGGCUUGUCCAAAGCCGGGCACUAAUGAAUAUGUGGCGCUAUGUCCUAGAGGUCCUGGCUUUACUAACAGAGGAGAUGUACUUUCUGGAAGACCAUUUUAUAAAGAUGUCAAUGAGUGUAAAGCUUUCCCUGGAAUAUGCACUAAUGGGAAAUGCAGAAACACAAUCGGAAGCUUUAAAUGCAAGUGCAACAGUGGAUUUGCGUUGGAUAUGGAGGAAAGAAACUGCACAGAUAUUGAUGAAUGCCGUAUCUCUCCUGACCUGUGCGGUAGUGGUACUUGUGUCAACACACCAGGCAGCUUUGAGUGUGAAUGCUUUGAAGGCUUUGAAAGUGGCUUCAUGAUGAUGAAGAACUGCAUGGAUAUUGAUGAAUGUGAGAGAAACCCUUUACUUUGCAGAGGUGGGGAAUGUGUUAACACAGAAGGGAGCUUUUUGUGCAACUGCCCCAGUGGGCAUGAACUGACACCAUCAGGAGAUGCCUGUGUAGAUAUUAAUGAGUGCUCUCUGAGUGACAGUCUCUGCAGAAAUGGGAGGUGUGUGAACAUGAUUGGUACCUAUCAGUGUUCCUGCAAUCCAGGAUACCAAGCUACUCUGGACAGACUCGGCUGUAUAGAUAUUGAUGAAUGUACAAUAAUGAAUGGAGGAUGUGACAGCUACUGUACUAACUCAGAGGGCAGUUAUGAGUGCAGUUGUCUCGAUGGAUAUUCCCUGAUGCCAGAUAAGAUGACCUGUGGAGAUAUUGAUGAAUGUGAAGACAACCCAGAAAUCUGUGAUGGAGGACAGUGUACCAACAUACCUGGAGAAUACCGGUGCUUGUGCUUUGAUGGAUUUAUGGCUAGCAUGGAUAUGAAGACAUGUAUUGAUGUCAAUGAAUGUGACAUAAAUUCCAAUGUCUGCAUGUUUGGUGAUUGCGAGAAUACUAAAGGAUCAUUUGUGUGCCACUGUCAGGUUGGGUACUCCGUGAAAAAGGGAACAACAGGAUGCACAGAUGUGGAUGAAUGUGAAAUUGGUGCCCACAACUGUGACCUGCACGCCACAUGUCUUAAUGUUCCAGGAAGCUUCAAGUGUACAUGUAAGGAAGGCUGGAUUGGGAAUGGUAUAUCAUGUCAUGAUCUUGAUGAAUGUUCAAACGGAACCCAUCAGUGCAGUGCAUCUGCUCAUUGCUUAAAUACCCCUGGAUCAUACAGGUGUACCUGCAUACAGGGGUACACAGGAGAUGGCUUUACCUGUUCAGAUGUUGAUGAGUGUGCGGAGAAUAUUAAUCUAUGUGAGAAUGGGCAAUGCCUCAAUAUCCCCAGCUCAUAUCGAUGUGAAUGUGAGAUGGGCUUCACUCCAGCGGUAGACAGCAAGUCCUGCCAAGAUAUUGAUGAGUGCUCUUUCCAGAACAUAUGUGUAUUUGGAACAUGUAGUAACCUCCCCGGAAUGUUCCGAUGCAUUUGUGAUGAUGGAUAUGAACUGGACCGAACUGGAGGGAAUUGCACAGAUGUGGAUGAAUGUGCUGACCCAAUCAAUUGUGUUAAUGGCUUUUGUGUCAACUCUCCUGGGCGAUAUGAAUGUAAUUGUCCACCUGACUUUCAGCUGAACCCAACAGGAGUGGGCUGCGUUGAUACACGAGUUGGUAAUUGCUAUCUAAACCAUGGUCCUCGUGGGGAUGGAAGUAUAUCCUGCAAUACUGAAAUUGGUGUUGGUGUGAGUCGCUCGUCAUGCUGCUGUUCUCUUGGAAAGGCAUGGGGCAACCCAUGUGAAAUUUGCCCCCCUGUUAACAGCUCUGAAUAUAACACAUUGUGUCCAGGAGGAGAAGGAUUCAGACCCAACCCUAUUACUAUUAUUUUAGAAGAUAUUGAUGAGUGCCAGGAGUUGCCAGGUCUCUGCCAAGGUGGGAACUGCAUUAACACAUUUGGAAGCUUCCAAUGCGAGUGUCCACAAGGCUACUACCUUAGUGAGGAAACCCGCCUCUGCGAAGAUAUAGAUGAAUGCUAUACACACCCAGGUGUCUGUGGACCAGGAACUUGCUACAAUACUUUGGGGAACUACACCUGCAUAUGCCCUCCAGAAUACAUGCAGGUUAAUGGAGGUCACAACUGCAUGGAUAUGAGGAAGAGUUACUGCUACAGAACCUACAAUGGAACCUCGUGUGACAAUGAACUCCCUUUUAACGUCACAAAAAAGAUGUGCUGUUGUACUUAUAACAUUGGCAAAGCUUGGAGCAAACCAUGUGAACCUUGCCCAGUCCCUGGAACAGCCAAUUUCAAAAAUCUCUGUGGCACCAUACCCGGUUUCACCUUUGAUAUACACACUGGCAAGGCUGUGGAUAUUGACGAAUGCAAAGAAAUCCCUGGUAUUUGUGCCAACGGUGUUUGCAUUAAUCAGAUUGGCAGUUUCCGCUGUGAAUGCCCAACUGGGUUCAGUUACAAUGACUUGCUCUUGAUCUGUGAAGACAUCGAUGAGUGCAACAGUGGAGAUUAUUUUUGCCAGAGAAAUGCAGAUUGCAUAAAUAGUCCUGGUGCCUACCGCUGCGAAUGUUCAGCAGGCUUCAAACUCUUACCCAACGGAGCUUGUAUAGACCGUAAUGAAUGCCUAGAAAUCCCGAAUGUCUGCAGCCACGGCACAUGCGAGGACACUGAAGGGAGUUAUCGGUGUAUUUGCAACAAUGGAUUCAAGGCAUCGGCUGACCAGACUAUGUGCAUGGAUAUCGAUGAGUGCGAGAGGCAGCCGUGUGGGAACGGAACCUGUAAAAACACCGUGGGAUCAUAUAACUGUCUGUGCUACCCAGGGUUUGAGCUGACACACAAUAAUGACUGCAUGGAUAUUGAUGAGUGCAGCUCCUUUUUUGGCCAGGUAUGCAGGAAUGGACAGUGUUUUAACCAAAUUGGCUCCUUCAUUUGUUUAUGUAACGAAGGAUACGAACUCACUGCGGACUUCAAAAAUUGCGUAGAUAUUAAUGAAUGUGUGACAUAUCCUGGCUCAUGCUCACCUGGUACAUGUCAGAAUUUAGAAGGCUCAUUCAGAUGCAUAUGUCCUCCUGGAUACGAGGUUGAGGGAGACAACUGUAUAGAUAUUGAUGAAUGCAGUGAAGAACCCAAUAUCUGUCUUUUUGGGACUUGCUUUAACACUCCAGGAAGCUUUCAGUGCAUCUGUCCUCCAGGUUUUGUGCUGUCUGAAAAUGGAAGAAGGUGCUUCGACACUCGACAAAGUUUCUGUUUUACCAAAUUUGAAAAUGGGAAGUGCUCUGUACCCAAAGCAUACAACAGCACCAAGGCCAAAUGUUGUUGCAGUAAAAUGCCAGGAGAAGGCUGGGGUGAUCCUUGUGAGCUGUGUCCAAAGGAAGGAGAAGUGGCAUUUCAGGAUCUUUGUCCAUUUGGACAUGGGACUAUCCCAGGGAUUGGAGAUACAAGAGAAGAUGUGAAUGAAUGCCUUGAAAACCCAGGAAUUUGUGCACAUGGCCACUGCAUUAAUACAGAUGGAUCAUUUCGAUGCGAGUGCCCCAUGGGGUAUAACUUGGAUUAUACUGGAGUAAAUUGUGUAGACACUGACGAAUGUUCCAUUGGUAAUCCAUGUGGUAACGGCACUUGCACAAAUGUCGUUGGUACUUUUGAGUGUUCCUGUGACGACGGAUUUGAACCUGGGCCGAUGAUGAACUGUGAAGAUAUCAAUGAAUGUACAUCAAACCCACUUCUGUGUGCAUUCCGUUGUAUAAAUACAUAUGGAUCCUAUGAAUGCACGUGUCCUGCAGGGUAUACUCUCAGAGAGGACCAUAAGAUGUGUAAAGAUCUUGACGAGUGCUUAGAAGGGUUUCAUGAUUGUGAAUCUCGGGGGAUGCUUUGCAAAAACCUGAUUGGGACUUUUAUGUGCAUUUGUCCUCCUGGAAUGACACGAAGACCUGAUGGAGAAGGAUGUAUGGAUGAGAAUGAAUGCCGCACCAAGCCAGGCAUCUGUGAGAACAGCCGCUGUGUCAAUACCGUUGGAAGCUAUCGGUGCGAAUGCAAUGAAGGGUUUCAGUCCACUCCAUCAGGGACUGAAUGUAUCGACACACGCCAGGGAUUUUGCUUUUCUGAGGUCUUACAGACAAUGUGCCAAAUGUCAUCAAGCAGUCGUAACCACGUCACUAAAUCUGAGUGCUGCUGCAAUGGUGGAAGAGGCUGGGGAAACCAGUGUGAAAUUUGCCCACUUCCCAGUACCACUCCAUACAAGAAGCUUUGCCCACAUGGCCCUGGAUAUACCACUGAUGGAAAAGAUAUAGAUGAAUGUAACGUGAUGCCAAAUUUGUGUCAGAAUGGUCAGUGCAUCAAUACCAUUGGCUCUUUUAGAUGUUUCUGCAAGCCUGGGUACACAACUGACAUUGGGGGAACUUCUUGUGUUGAUCUUGAUGAAUGCUCACAGUCCCCCAAACCAUGCAACUACAUAUGUAAGAACACAGAGGGCAGCUACCAGUGCUCCUGUCCUCGGGGUUAUAUCCUACAAGAAGAUGGAAAAACCUGUAAAGAUCUUGAUGAAUGUCAAAGCAAACAGCACAACUGCCAGUUCCUCUGUGUCAACACCGUCGGAGGUUUCACUUGUAAAUGUCCUCCGGGCUUUACGCAGCAUCAUACAGCUUGUAUUGAUAAUAAUGAGUGUGGUUCGCAGCCUAAUUUAUGUGGCCCUAGAGGAGCCUGCCAAAAUUCACCUGGAAGCUUUACUUGUGAAUGCCAAAGAGGAUUUUCAUUAGAUUCCACCGGGUUAAAUUGUGACGAUGUUGAUGAGUGUGAUGGAAGCCAUAGAUGUCAGCACGGCUGCCAGAACGUAGUUGGUGGUUACAGGUGUAGUUGUCCACAGGGAUAUAUACAGCACUACCAGUGGAACCAAUGCGUUGAUGAAAAUGAAUGCACUACAGCAAACACAUGUGGUUCUGCUUCAUGUUACAAUACAUUGGGCAGCUACAAAUGUGCCUGUCCACCUGGAUUCUCCUUCGAACAGUUUUCUGCCUCUUGCCGUGAUGUGAAUGAAUGCACAAGUUCAAAAAAUCCUUGCAACUAUGGUUGUUCCAAUACAGAUGGGGGGUAUCUUUGUGGAUGUCCCCCAGGAUAUUACAGAGUCGGACAGGGGCACUGUGUGUCUGCAAUAGGUUUUAACAGAGGCCAGUAUCUGUCUGCGGACAGAGAGGAAGGUGAAGCCAAUGCACUUUCUCCAGAAGCGUGUUAUGAAUGCCAGGUCAACGGUUACUCUAAGAAAACUGGAAGGAGGAAAAGAAAUGCCAAUGACACACAGCCUAUAAUGAAUGGGCCCAUUAGUCUAAAGAGCCUUGAUAUGGAUGUGCCACUCAAACUGGUUCUAAACAUUUCUCAACUCAAUAUAAAGAAGCACAUACUGGAAAUUAUCCCAGCCAUUCAACCACUUAAUAACCACAUCCGUUAUAUUAUCUCACGAGGCAAUGACACUAUGUUCCACAUUAACCAGAGGGACGGACUCAGCUACCUCCACGCAGCGCAAAAGAAACUUAGUCCUGGGACUUACACACUGGAAAUCACCAGCAUUCCCCUUUAUAAGACAACUGAAUUGAGGAGAUUGGAAGAGAAAAACGAUGAAAACUACCUCCUAGGCGAGCUCGGGGAAACACUCAAAAUGAGGUUACAAAUUGAGCUUUCUUAGAAAAGCAAAUCAAACUCAGACCAGGGCAUCAGUCACAUACAACACAUUUUAUUUAUCCACCAGAGCAUGUCUUCUUUUUGAAAGCUUUAUGAAAUCAAUGAACAUUUGUUAUGGACCUUUGUGUCUCCUCCACAAUCAUCCCACAAGGAAGAUGGAGACACCGCUCCAGAAAAAGUUUGUACUUAUGAAAAUGGUUGUUGUAUUUUCUUUGUAGCCUCCAAUAAAUAUACCUGCACACAUGUAA